AUGUCUCAAGACCAACCACGACAAUGCGGUGUCACGGCUCCUAUAUCGAUCGCACAAGCAACAGAAGAUGAAUUAAAAUUAACAGAAGAUCUCGUGAAAACACUUCAUGACUAUGGGCUUUUUGAAAGUAAAACUGAAGCAGAUAAGCGGGUAAUUGUAUUACGACAGCUCAAUGAACUUGUAAAAGAGUUUGUCUACAAAGUGAGCCUUCUUAAAGGUCUUCCAGAAGCAGUGGCAAGAAAUUCAGGCGGAAAGAUAUUUACAUUUGGUAGCUACAGGUUAGGCGUCCAUGGGACAGGUGCGGAUAUUGAUACCCUGUGCGUCUUCCCAAAGCACGUCGAGCGAGACCAUUUCUUUACCAUCAUGUACGAGAUGCUGAAAGAACGAUCAGAAGUAACAGGACUUACGGCUGUAGCGGAUGCUUAUGUACCAGUGAUAAAGAUGCAUUUUUCGGGUAUACCAAUUGAUUUUGUGUGCGCAAGACUAAAUGUGGACCAGGUAUCAGAUAAGCUUGAGCUGGUUGAUAACAACAUAUUAAAGGGACUGGACGAACGGUGCGUGAGGAGUCUGAACGGGUCAAGGGUGACAGACGAGAUCCUGCGACUGGUACCUAAUAUACCUGUGUUCCGGACAGCCCUUAGGACAAUUAAGCUGUGGGCAAAACGCCGAGCAAUCUAUGCAAAUGUGAUGGGAUUUUUGGGAGGCGUGGCUUGGGCCAUGCUGGUCGCACGGAUAUGUCAACUCUAUCCAAACGGCUGUGCUGCAACUGUGGUCUGCAGGUUUUUCAGGAUCAUGUACAAAUGGGAUUGGCCAGAACCAGUCCUACUAAAACACAUGGAAGAAGGCCCACUCCAAGUAAGAGUAUGGAAUCCAAAGCUUUAUCCAGCUGAUAAGAUUCACCGGAUGCCAAUCAUCACGCCAGCAUACCCGUCUAUGUGUGCAACACACAACGUGACAGUCUCAACCAAGGCAAUCAUGUUAAAAGAAUUCAAGCGUGGGAUGGAGAUAGUAGAAAAUAUUGUAGUAAGAUCUGGAAGAUGGGAAGACCUGUUUGAACCGACCAACUUUUUCCACACCUACAAGCAUUACCUGCAAGUGAUCGCAAGUUCAUAUUCACCCGCGUCGCAAUUGCAAUGGUCGGGUCUAGUAGAAUCCCGUUUGAGGCAAUUUGUAUUGAAGCUCGAGUUAGUGGAAAUGCUUGGUUUAGUACAUCCGUACAACAAAGGUAUUAAUAAGGUCCAUUACUGUCUAUCGGAAAAGGAGCGGCGAGAUGCUACCCACGGACUGUACCCAGAAGACCGCACGAUUACCAUGAAAGAGGAAGAAGACAAGAAGAUGGUCCAGCCUGUAUAUACCACAACCUUUUACAUCGGGCUUUCUGUUGAACCAAAAACUGAUGGGUCAACAGGACCUAGAAGACUUGACCUGGUAUGGCCCACACAAGAAUUUCUGAAACUAGUCAAGAGUUGGGACAAAUAUGAUGAACUGAAAAUGAAUAUCUCUGUAAAGAAUAUCAAAAGGUAA